CCACUCUAGCUGCUAGCUGCUUGUGAAGCUCUUUCCCGCUGGCGUUUUGGCAGGUCGGCGAACGCUCUGCAAGUCCCACCGCCGGGCUGGGCUAGGACGGGCAGGACGUCUCGGCUCCACCCGGGCGCCUCAGUCCUGGAGCCGAGGCAGCUCCCGUUGUUCCUAGUUCUGCCGGACUCCUUUCCUCGACCUCGGUCGGGCAUGUUUUCCAGGGCCCAGGUGAGGCGGAUUUUGCAGCGGGUGCCCGGAAAGCAGCGAUUCGGCGUCUACAGGUUUCUGCCCUUCUUUUUUGUCCUGGGAGGAACGAUGGAGUGGAUCAUGAUUAAAGUGCGCGUGGGCCAGGAGACCUUCUAUGACGUCUACCGUCGAAAAGCAUCAGAAAGGCAGCAUCAGAGAAGGCUGGAAGGUGCAUCGGAGACUGGACGCCAGCAAUCAAUAAAGUGAAUGUGAAAUUUUA